AUGGCUUCUCUCUACGCAAAUUCUAAGAACACUCUUGUUAAUGGCUUGGACAAAUUCUCUGAUCCUAACUAUGUUUCAAUUUUCGACACGCUGCUUCGUGAUGGAGAGCAGGCUCCUGCUUCCUCUGAGAUUGAGUUUGAGCUUGUAAAGUGUAUAGCACAUGAAAUUGGUAAUAGCAUAGAUGAAGACUCUAUGGAAGAAUUUAGAGUCUUGGAGAGGUUUGGAGAAGAUUCUAGAAUACUCGAGAAGAAUUCUUUGAAGUCCUUAGAAAUCUCUAGACUUUUUUGCACUAAAAUGAUGAGCAAAAUAGUGUCAUCUCUUCCAAGUGAGAAUAUUGUCAAUGGCAACAUCAAGACAGUAGUAAAGGUGACACCACCAGGGCCAAGAAAGAAAUUGCAACUAGCAGUGAUAGAGCCUGGGUUGGGAAGUGGUGUUUCUUCACCUGACGAUAUAUUGGAUAAUUAUUUAAAGACACUUACACAAAGAGUCAAAUAUCAUCUUGGUUUUCCAGAGAACAUAUGUUAUGAUCACCACGUUGCUUUAGCUCCACUUUUGCAAUUUCACUUAAAUAAUUGUGGUGAUCCUUUCACGGAAAACCCUGUGGAUUUUCAUUCAAAAGAUUUUGAAGUGGCUGUUUUGGAUUGGUUUGCCAAAUUAUGGGAAAUUGAGAAGGAUGAAUAUUGGGGUUAUGUUACUCAUGGUGGCACAGAAGGCAAUCUUCAUGGAAUUUGGAUAGGGCGAGAAUUACUUCCUAAUGGAAUCUUAUACACAUCAAAAGAUUCUCAUUAUUCAGUCUUCAAAGCUGCAAGAUUGUACAGAAUAGAUUUGGAAAUGAUCAACACAACAACAAAUGGAGAAAUGGAUUAUUCUGAUUUGAGAGCAAAAUUGCUUCAUAACAAGGACAAACCAGCAAUUAUAAAUAUUAACAUUGGAACUACAUUCAAAGGGGCUGUUGAUGACAUUGAUGUUAUUCUUCAAACACUUGAAGAUUGUGGUUAUUCCCAUAAUAAGUUUUACAUCCAUUGUGAUGCAGCACUAAGUGGACUUAUUGUCCCUUUCAUUAAAAAUGUGAUUAGCUUUAAGAAGCCAAUUGGGAGUGUCACAAUAUCAGGUCACAAGUUCUUAGGAUGUCCAAUUCCUUGUGGAGUUCAAAUAACAAGAAAAAGUCACAUCGCUUAUCUCUCGAGAAAUGUGGAAUACAUUGCUUCUGUGGAUGCCACAAUUUCUGGAAGUCGAAAUGGUUUAACUCCAAUUUUUUUGUGGUAUAGUUUAAGCUCAAAAAAUCAAAUUGGGAUACAACAAGAUGUUAAGAGAUGCCUCUACAAUGCUAGAUAUUUGAAAGAUUGUCUUCAGCAAGCAAAUAUCAGUGUCAUGCUUAAUGAGUUGAGCACUAUAGUUGUACUUGAGAGGCCUCUUGAUCAUGAAUUUACUCGUCAUUGGCAACUCUCUUGCGUGAGGGAUAUCGCACAUGUUAUUGUUAUGCCAAGUAUCACAAGAGAAACAUUAGACGAUUUCUUCAUUGAUUUGGUGCAAAAAAGAAAAAUGUGGUACCAAGAUGGAAGCGUUAAGCCUCCUUGUGUUGCAGAUGAUAUUGGUGCUCAAAAUUGUGCAUGCGCUCUUCAUAAUGGUCAGUAUAUUUUCCUUUAAGGAAACGAACAC